AUGGAAGAGACGAGCGAUAACCCAAGCCAAGAGCUCGCUGCAGUUUACCGGCGGUUGAUAGAGGUCGACCCGACCUUCAAAAAAAUCAUCAACCACAAGCCAGAACUUAGCCUGGAGGACUGGAAAGCACGCAAGAAGGCAAAUCCAAACGAGCUCGGCCCUUACUCGGACCUAAUCGAACAAGGAUUUGCUCUUCGAGCACACGUUCACGGCAUUCUCAACCCGACGGACAGCAGAUUUCUCAACUUGCCUUUCGAGCUCCUAGAUCAGAUCUGUUCUCACGUCGACACCGUCUCGGCACAGGAAAACGAUUUCACCUGGGCGCAACCACACAAGAGGCGAAAAGUCGACAUCGAAACUCUCCAGUCCCUUCGCCUGACUUGCCGCCGUCUCUGCGAGGCAGCAUCCCCUUACUUGGUUCCUACCAUUACGGUACACGUCACACGGAAAUCACUCGAUCGCCUGAAUGCGAUUUCCCGGCAUGCGACCAUCGGACGAGGCGUGCGCUGCAUCCGCAUCCCGCUGGGCUUCUACGAUGCACUCGCAGCAUUCGCACAUGAAAAUUUCAUUCUCUUGGCGAAACACGAGCUCCGGAACUUGUUCCGGCGGGAAUUCUCGCAUGGGAUGACGCGUAAGGACAUGCUGUCAGACGGAGCAAAAGAGAAGCUUCAGGCGAUAUUCGAUCUUUUGGAUCGGCUCACCAACGACCAGCCUUGGGAUGAGGAGCUUUCAAAUGCAUUUCACGGAGGACUCAUUGGGAAAGCCUACGAUACAUACACGCGCCUCGAGGCCGAGCAAAAGCACCUUCACGAUGACAGAUGGCACAGCUUUUCCGAUACUGUAUCAUUUACAAUGAAGCGAAUGCCGAAUGCGACGAGACUGGAGAUGAGCGAUUCGUUUGAAUCGCAGUGGAUUCCGCCCGAAGGAGACGCCCUCGUCAAUGACGACGAACUUUACCAAUACCUCAUAACUCCUCACCGAUGGGAGCACGUAGCCACAUCGGUUGCUCAACUUGAAGACGACCUCAUGAGCGCUCGACGGCCGUUCGGAUUCAUCCCAGGCAUUCUCGGAGCUACUGGCGUCUUCCUGACACGAUUUGCUGUGCGAGUCAGCCCCAUGCACUUUUGGGAUGCAUUUGAGACAGUGGGGGAUGAGCAGACACUAGAUGAAUACACUUGGGUUACUGAACAGCUCCGGUGCUUCGAAUUCACGAGCAAAUAUACGCUCAGCGAUGGCCCUUCUAGAAGACCUCAGGUUACCUGGUCGAAGUUCCACGAUGCGGCUGAGUUUGAAGGCUGUGGGAAGCUGCUCAGUGUUCUUACCACGACGGACAGUCUAGAGCGCAUCUCGAUCGACUUGGAGGAGUUCAGCCGCGACGCAGACACAAUCGAAAUCGGACCACAAAAGCCGUGGCAUUUCAACUGGUUUGUCCGAACGCAACCAUGGCCCAAUCUCCAACGACUUACACUCUCGAAUGUGCGACUCAGCUCUCACGACUUUGGCGUUCUUCUUGGCGAUAGAGAGAUAGAACUUAGUCUUAGCUCUGUUGAGAUGGUUCAGGGUACGUGGGAGGAGACACUGGAUAUGUUGCGGCGCAAGACCGACGCGAAACAGCGGGGAGAGCAGGGUCUCGCGCCGCUUAGAAUUAUGGCUUUGACAAGUCUGUCUGGGGCUGAGUGCAAGGAGAUGGGUGAAGAUAAGUACCGCGUCUUGAGUCUUGCGGCUCAGGGCUAUGUGUGGCAUCUUCAAGAGAAUAAUCCUUUCCGAUGGCGUCCAGAGGACUGA